CUUACAAAUCCUGCUAGGGCUUAUUUUAUGGGUAGGUCUUAUUUUGGGGGAAACGCGGUAAGAGCCUGCAUAUCAGUGAGGUGAAAAAGGCAGAACUGGAGGAGAAGGGCCUUCCUACAACCGGACAAAAUGGGGCAGGUAAUGAACAAGCUGAGAUACACUCUAGAAAUAAAACACAGAUUUUGAAGGUGGUGGGUGAAGGACAGUCUGAUCAACUUCCCGUUUAGUCAGAAAGACUAAUGGGAAACUUCUGUUCUAAGCCCCUAUGUACUCAGGAAAGAGGAUGGAAGGUUUGAAUUUGGAAGAGCACCUGGAUGAAUGUGAGGAAAGGGCAGCUUUUGCAGAAUUACAGAGGUAGACAAGACAGAGGCUGGGCUAAAAAAUGACAAAGAGGUCAGAGUGUGAUGUUCAUACAGUAGGGAACGGAGAGCUUCACCAGCAAGGGAGGGCAAAGCUACAGUGUGUUGAGGUAUGCAGGAGCAGACCGCCAGAGAGCAGUUCAGCACAGCGCUAAAACACCAGGGCAAAGAUGCCUUGUCUGACUCAGUCGGGUAACAGUCACCCAACAGACUGAAAUUAUGGAGGGAGGAGUUAAAAAACAGAGGAAAAAACAAUUCUGGUUGUAGGUUUGCCUGAAGAGAGAUCAUAAUAAUGGUAAAAAGUGAGAGAAAUUAUAAAAUUUCCUAUAGAAAGCAGACCAAUAAGGAUGGAUUCAGAAGCUGUAAAGGGGAAAAGACAAUAACAUAGAUGAGGAGAAGGAAUCAAUACGUGAUUCAGGCUGAAGGUUGGUUACCCUGAAAUGUCAUUUGGGAGGGUUAGUAUUAGGUGAAUCAGAUCCAGGGAAAGUUAGUUUACUUACCUGGAAAAUGAGAAUAAUAACAGUACCCAGUUCAAAGGAAUAUGAGAAUUAAAUGUGAUACUACACAUAAAAUACUAGACAGUGUCUGACAUUUAGUAGGCAGCCAAUAAAUGUUCACUAUUAUCACUCGUCAAUAAAACAGUAUUUGUUAAAUGAAUAGGUAAUCUAUCCUGAAUUAUAAAAAGGUUAUUGUCUUGGGAAGGAGAAAGAUCUUGAUUCCACUUCAGCUCUGUUAUUUUUUUCCAACUUUGUAGUUUUAAGUCUAUUUCUUUAUCUACUGAUGGUUAAAUAAUACCUAACUUACAGAGAUGCUAUGAAGAUUAAAUGUAAGGUAUAUAAACUGCAUUGCUACAGCAUCUUCAGUCUAUAAUAGUCUAUACUAGAAGCUCACUAAAUGGUAGUGAGUUUCAUCAUGUGAAGAUGGUAUUGAAUUCAUGACUUUAAAAAAUGACAUAUUUGCCCUUUCCGAUGGUGAUGGCCUUCCCACAAGAACAUGCCUCUCGCAAAGGAUCUCCUUCAUCCCCCUCCAGAAGAGGAAAAGAGGAAACGCAAGAAUUGCCUGGUGCAGAGCCCCAAUUCUUACUUCAUGGAUGUGAAAUGCCCAGGAUGCUGUAACAUCACCGUGGUGUUUAGCCAUGCACAAACGCUAGUUUUGUGUGUUGGUUGUUCCGCUGUCCUCUGCCAGCCUACAGGAGGGAAAGCAACGCUUACAGAAGGAUGGUCCUUCAGAAGGAGGCAGCACUAAACGUGCCUUGCUUGAAUGAAUGGGAAACCAUCCCAAUAAAUACAUUUUGGAUAUUUUAAAAAAUGCCAUAUUUAUAAAAGCCAUUUCAUAGGGGAGAUAGGAACAAUGCCAAGGAAUAAAAUAUAUAUCAACAGAGAUAUCUGAAGAAUAAUGCCUUAUAUCUUGAAAGCCAAGACUGGAAAGCAGGUAAGUAGUUUCCUUCUCUCCUGUUCCCGCAUUUUGCUGAACUUCUCAGAAGAAAAAAAAAAAAAAAAGUGGUCAUAAAACUUCCUGCCUGCAUUACUCUGGGAGUUCCAAGUCCAAAUAUCCACUCCGUGCUGCCAAUGAUAUCAAAACUUGAAAACUGAAAUGGUAUUUCCCUUUAGCAACACAGACUGAAGAUACUUUUAGACUGUUGUGCGUGUAUGCUAAUAGGAACUUUGGUCAAAACCUUCUCUUGGCUCUAACAGUUAUAUAAAUUGAACAUCCACUGGGUAAAAUGCUAUUAGUCCUGAAUUUAAUACUCUUUCACUAAUUAACAAUAGUUUCUAGUUCUUGUAUUACAUAAUUUAUCAAACACUUUCAUAAUUCACUUUGAAUAUACUUUUUUUACACUUCCUCAUAUUAAAAAAGUCAACUUCAUCUUCUCAGC